AUGAGUUACUUGUAUUACUCUCCUCCGCCACCACCACCAACACCACCUAGUUAUUUGUACUGUUCUCCGCCACCACCGCCGCCAGAAGACCAUCACCAUCACCACCACCAUGUCUAUCCCCCUCCAACCGUAGUUCAACCUCCACCUUCAAACACCAAUGCUCCACCACCACCACCACCUCAUACUAGUCAACCUCCAUCACCAACACCGCCUCAUUCUAGUCAACCUCCGUCACCAACACCGCCUCAUUCUGGUCAACCUCCAUCACCAACACCGCCUCAUUCUAGUCAACCUCCGUCAACAACACCACCACCACAAACACCUCCGAAUAAAGCAUCUCCACCUACCCCUACCCCUUCAUCAUCUCCACCAAAACCUACACCAUCACCAUCACCACCAUUGCCACCAACACAAGGUCCAACACGACCACCGAAACAACCACCAACACCAAGCAGGGGUCCAUACUCCCCAGCGCCAACACCAAAAAGAACCCCUCCAAAAGGAAAACCGCCAUCAAAGAGCACUACUCCUCCUCCUUCAUCAUCAUUAGCACCAUCUCCAUCAAAAGGUUACGUUCCUCCAGGUUACGGAUCAGGUCCACUACCACCACCACCAUUUUCCAACACAAGCAAGUUAAGUCCACUCUCACCAGCAGGAGGAGGCGGAGGAGGAGGAAGCCACCACCAUAGAACGGUGAUUGCAGUGUGCGUGUCACUGGGUGGUGCUUUCUUGCUCGGGCUGCUUGUUCUUGGUGUCUUUUGCUUGGCAAAGAAGAAAAAGAAACCGAUUCCUCCUCCACCUUCUGCUGCACACCAUCACGCCUCCCAUUAUGGUGGUGGUGGUGGCGGCGGCGGCGGCGGUGCUGCUGCUGGGUACUCCGGCGGGUCAUCACAACCUUGUUGA